AUGGUCUCGCAUCCUGAUUUCAAGCAUUGCGCCGAGCGACUAAUCCGAACCAGAUUGGUAAUCGGCCAACUGCUCACCGUCGUCGGAAGCGAAUACCACGGCUACCUCGGCGUCAUCUGCUCCGGAUUCUGGGGCGCGACCCCCGUCCUCGACAGCGACGGCCAAAUAAUGCACAGGUCAGACGGCCGGCCCAUCUUCCAGAACAACAUCACCGUCUCGCUCUACGCCAAGUGCACCACGCGCGAGGGUCCCACGACAAAGCUUAUCCAGGACCCGCUGAUACGCAGGCUGCUCCGGCUCGCGGACGAUCCGACCUUCUCGGCUCAAGAGCUGGGACUGAGAGCAUUUGAGGGUAUCAAGUUCAAGUGGGUUUGUGUGCAGACGGCAGUUACGGAAGAGUGGAUAGUGGAAUCGGAUGCGUCGUCGUCGGAAGAGUCUUUGGGGUAUCAUUCAGAGGCGUCUUCUAGGCCCCAGGAGAACUCGCCGGUGGGGUCCCCGCCGUAUUUAACUUCCUCGCCUAGCAGUGGGCCUUCCACGGGCGGUCCUCCAAGCUUACACGAAGCGGACGAUGAGAUUCCAGUAGGCGAUCAAGUUGCAGUGGGCGAUCAAAGUCCAGCAGGAGAUCAAAGCCCGGCUUCAGAGUCUGGAGGAGACUGA